GGCGGGAAAUAGUGGCGUCUGGCAAGUUGCUACGGAAACGGCGCUCCCAGCAAUCUGGAACGCUACAGAAAAAGCCAAGGAAAGGCUUGGUGUUUUGUUUUUAUUACAGUGUUUGUUUUUUAUGUUCAGUCAUCAUUUUCUUUUACUUUAUAAUCAAAAAGAAGUCUGUGAAGGUACUGCAUUUUACCUUGUACACAAAUUGACACAUGGUUUAAUGCACCCAAUUCAUUGUAUCAUAGAAGAAUGGCCGAAGUACACAUCAUUGGACAGAUCGUAGGAGCAAGUGGCUUUCCGCAGCAUAGUCUGUUUUGCAAAUGGGGAAUCAAUGCAGGUGGUGCAUGGAGACUUCUGUCUGGGUUAAAGGAAGGGCAGACUCAAGUGGAUAAUCCACAGAAUGAGGAGAUGGCAUACUGGUCCCACCCUGUAGAUGUCCACUUUGCUACUAAGGGUUUGCAGGGCUGGCCAAAGCUUCAUUUGCAAGUAUGGCAUCAGGAUUCAUAUGGUCGUUGUGAACUUUAUGGCUAUGGCUUUUGCCAUAUACCAUCCAGUCCAGGUUUCCAUGAGUUGAAAUGUGUGACAUGGCGGCCAGUGGGCACUUGGCAAGACCAACUUGCGCAGCUGUUUGUGGGAGGUGGUCCUCAGCUGAAGACAAGUGAUUUGAUCUACAUUGGAGCUGACCGCUAUCGCCUCCAGACAACUUCCAUGGGUUGUGUACACUUGCAACUUGCAGUUAUACUCCGGCACUUUGACCGAUAUGGAGUAGAGUGCUAAACUGCUGUUCACUAGCAGAGACAAUAUAAAAAUCAGUCUGGAAGUAAAACAAAUCAUUCACAUUUUAAAGACUAAUGGAGGAAUAAACAUAAGUUUUUAUUUUGUUUCUUCUCUUUUCCGACUUUUUAUCAUGCCUUGCAGGCAAAGAAAAAAGGAUACUUGGUGGAGAAGUAGCUUGAUCUUUGCAGUAUCUACAUUUUCCACAAGAUGUCAGGCUGGAACAACUUUUAACAAUGUGAAUGUGGACAUUAAUUUAAAAAACAGUGUAAUUUUGAAGAAAUAUGCAAUGAUUUUUUAAUAAGUUUAUUUUCUUUGAUUAUGCUUGUUUUAGUAGGACUAUAUUUUGGCAAAAACAUUUCCAUUAUUGAUAUAAAAAACACUUUCAGCAUUAAACAGAAUGGAAUGCUCGGUUAUUAAUAGUGUGCCUGGUGGUUAUUUAAUUUUGUAAAAAUUAAUGAAGUUUAAAGUUUUGUUUUUCAGUAUUAAAUUGUUUUUAUACUUUUCAUAAUGUAUUUCUUCCCAGCUGCCUCUAUAACACAGUAAUUCAAGCCAGCAGUCUUUAGCAUGUAUAACAUUUCUAGUAAAACAUUAACAAUUACAAACAGAAUUGUAAUGAGAAAACUUCUCAACUGUCAGAUUUUUUUUCUUUUUUUGUAAAUGAAAAUAAAAUUAUUUAUAUAUUGUGAGUAAAAGAAAAGCAGUGAUGUGUGUAUGUGUUCUCCUCUGCACUGAUUAUUUUGGAGUCUUUUAAAUAUGAUAAGACAUAUACAACACUUUACCUUAAAAAAUUAAUCAUUAAAAAUGGUGGUUAUGCACACUUGUUGAGCCUACAGUUUUGCUGGAUAAAGAAUGCAUUGUAUCCCCCCUGUAUUUAAGAAAUGUAUUUGCUAACUGGAGGUGCAUUGUAAUACUGGAGCAGUGGUUUAUGGUUCUGCCUCAUAGCUUCAGGCACUUGAUUGUAAUUCUAAGACUGGUGUUUAUAGUUGCAUAGUUUUCCAGUGGGUGUGCCACUUUUUUCUUCAUAUUCCAAAACAGUGUAUGUUUGUGAAUAUGUGCCCUCCAUUUUCUGUAUAUUACAACUAGGUGGCACUAAAGUAUUUGAAUAUUAAAAGACAACGUUUAGGGCAAAUCUCUACCUCAUGUAAGUAGUAAGAGAUAUUAAAUGAUAUACAGUAUAAAAGCAGAAUUACAAUUAUCAUGCCUUGUUUUAUUUUUCAGUAGUAACUUGGCCUUAAUUUUGUUAUUGUAUUUAAAUUAAUCAUCAAAGUAAAACUUAAUGCAGCUUUUUACUACUUUGACUAAUACAGCAAUGUCUGGGACUAUUUCGCUAUUGCUAUUUUUGCUUGAAUUUCUCUCUCUUUUUUAUUUUUAUUUAUCUGACAUGUACUAUUAACUGUCCUAUAACAUGUCAUAAUUUAAAGUUUCACUCAAGAAUUUUAGUUCUUAGACGUGUAUUCUGUUUAUUUGAUGUGCUUGCCAGCUGUUCUCUGUCAACAUUUAUCUUCAAAGAUUGUUUCUUUUUGUUAAGCAGUCAUGUAGUUUGUUAAUCCUUCAGAGGUACAUUGUUAGUUCACACCUGUGCCUGCUUUUGCAAAAAGUGAUUAUUAGAAAAAGAAAGAAUGUUAGUUUGAGUGUACGCAAGUGUGAGAAGUGUGCUCAGUGCUACCAUCUCACUGUUCAGACAUCUGAGAUCAGUCUGAUCACUGGAUGGACUUUGCACAUUUUUCUUGUGUUCUAUACAUUUUCUGGUUUAAUUCAUCCCAAAGAUGCCCAUGGUAAGUUAUUUGACAUGAUUGAGAGAAUAGGUAAUAGUUAGAUAAGUUUUGCAUUCACAUUUCACUACCAUUAUGAACAAGACUCUGCUUUCGCCUGCUGUUGUGUUCUCCAGUACCAAGGUUGGAGAAUCCCAGUCAUAUGCAGUUUUUUAAUUAAAUCAGAAACAUGUUAAAUAUUGUGCAGUAAUUGAAUAUCCAGUAUUUAUAGCUUUUUUAGCU